GUAUCAUCACUUGGUAUUGUCACUUUGAUAUCAUUGUCUUGGUAUUGUCGCUUUGGUGUCGUUGUCUUGGUGUCGUUGCUUGGUGUUAUCGAUUUUAUGUUGUUGUCUUGGUGUCGUCGCUUGGUGUUGUCAAUUUGGUGUUAUUGUCUUGGUGUCAUCACUUGGUAUCAUCACUUUCAUGUUGUUGAUUUGGUGUCAUUACUUGGUGUUGUUGAUUUGGUGUCAUUUUCUUGGUGUUAUCAUCGAUUUCAUGUCAUU